AUGUCAGCAGAUCAUUCUAGAGAUCCAUGUCCUAUAGUUAUUCUUAACGAUUUUGGUGGUGCCUUUGCUAUGGGUGCUAUUGGUGGUUGUGUUUGGCAUGGUAUUAAAGGUUUUAGAAACUCACCAUUAGGUGAACGUGGUACUGGUGCCAUUGGCGCCAUCAAGGCUCGUGCACCAGUCGUUGGUGGUAAUUUUGGUGUUUGGGGUGGUUUAUUCUCUACUUUUGACUGUGCUGUUAAGGCUGUUAGAAAAAGAGAAGACCCAUGGAAUGCUAUUAUUGCUGGUUUCUUCACUGGUGGUGCUUUAGCUAUUAGAGGUGGUUGGAGACAUACUAGAAACAGUGCUAUUACUUGUGCUUGUUUGUUAGGUGUCAUUGAAGGUGUUGGUCUAAUGUUUCAAAGAUAUGCAGCUUGGCAAGCAAAGCCAAUGGCACCACCUUUGCCAGAAGGUGCUCAAUCUUCUCCACAACCUCUACAGGCUUGA